AUGAGCUUGUCCUUCCGCUGCCUCCUCUCCCUCAGCCACCUGAUCCUCGCCAGCGCCCUGGCGCAACUGCCCCCCGGAGCGCAAGGCGGGCAGGCGGCCAGUGCCAGCAGCUCCAGCAACACCUCCUCCGCUUCAUCACCUUCCUCCCCCUCCUCCUCCUUGGGAGCCCAAGGAAGCGGGCCGGAGAGAAGCAGCUUCCAGUGGAGCCCAGCCGGGCGCAGGACGGGCAGCCUCUAUUGCAGGGUGGGCAUUGGCUUCCAUCUGCAGAUCCACCCGGAUGGCAAAGUCAACGGCUCCCAUGAAGCCAAUCUCUUAAGUAUUUUGGAAAUAUUUGCUGUGUCUCAGGGGAUUGUAGGAAUACGAGGAGUUUUCAGCAACAAAUUUUUAGCGAUGUCAAAAAAAGGAAAACUCCAUGCAAGUGCCAAAUUUACAGAAGACUGCAAGUUCAGGGAGAGGUUUCAAGAAAACAGCUAUAACACAUAUGCUUCGGCAGUUUACAGGACCGAAAAGACUGGGAGAGAAUGGUAUGUGGCUUUGAACAAGAGAGGCAAAGCCAAAAGAGGCUGCAGUCCCCGGGUGAAACCCCAGCACAUCUCCACCCAUUUCCUUCCAAGGUUCAAACAGUCUGAGCAGCCAGAACUGUCUUUCACCGUCACUGUUCCUGAAAAGAAAAAGUCACCUGCCUCCACCCCAGCAAAACCAAAGGUUUCAUUGUCCGUGCCUCGGAAGAACCCCAACACUGUUAAAUACAGGCUGAAGUUUCGCUUUGGAUAG